GGCAGCUUCACAGGAUCUUAAACCUCUGGUGAUGUCCUUGACUAACACACGUGAUUUAACGCUGAACCGGCAGCUAGCUAAGCUAACUAGCUCCAUCCAUAGAGGAGCCGCUCUGAAACAGUGUGGAUAUCUCCUCGGUUCAGUCUGAAAGGCUGCUGCACUUUGAGCACACAGCCAGAUAAAAUGUCCUGCAGCACUAAGCUGCUGUCGCUGUUGGUGCGGCGGUGUGUCGCAGUUAGACAGCUAACGUUAUCGGCAGCGAGUCAAACCAGAGGCGACGUGUUGUCGGCCAGGUGUAGGUUCAUUCAGCAGCGAACAUGGACAUCAACAACCCGGACAGUGUGUCUACCGAGACUGCAUCAGCUUCAGUCCGCAAUGAAAAGCAGCCAGUCCAGUUUCUGUACCAAGGCUGAAACACCGUGUGAUGAUGAAUACCCACCACUGCCGGCCUAUGAUCCCGAACCAGAGAAGAGGGAGGUGUACGUCAUACAGGUGAUAGGUUUCCCGUGGUCGUGCUCGGCUCAGGAUCUCCUGCAGUUCUUCUCAGAGUGUAGGAUCCGUGACGGGGUGAAGGGGAUCCAUUUAGUUGUGGAUAAAACGGGGAGGCCGCCGGGACAAGCUUUCAUCGAGCUGGAGCACAAGGAGGAUGUCAACAAUGCUCUGGAGAAGCACGGACAGUUCAUGGGUCCACGCUACGUUGAAGUGUAUGAAGUGACAAACAGAGAUGCUGAAGUCAUCCUGAAGAAACAAUUCAAUACCGAAGUUCAUGAGCGGGUGGUGCGGCUCAGAGGUCUCCCCUACAGCUGUACAGAGGCCGACAUCGUCCAGUUUUUUUCAGGUUUGGAUAUAAUGGAGAAUGGGAUCACCUUUGUCAAAGACUACAGCAAACGAAGAAACAGUGGAGAGGCCUUUGUGCAAUUUUCUACUCAAGAAGCAGCGGAUGAAGCUCUGCAGAGAGACAGACGUCACAUCGGAAACCGAUACAUUGAAGUGUUUCCCAGCAGAAGCAACGAGAUUUAUUCUGAAAAAACGUCAGCUCCUCCUCAGCCCAGCCCUUAUACAACGUCCAGGAGGAACGCCUCACUGAUCAACAGACCUCGACCUCUUAGUAGCUCGGCCCCCCAGUCUCAUUACGUCCAUAUGAGAGGACUUCCUUUCGAGGCGACCGGAGAAGACAUUGUUAGGUUCUUCUCUCCUCUUGUUGUGUCUAAGAUCCUGAUUGAAUGCGGCCCACAGGGCAAGCCGAGUGGAGAGGCCAGCAUUUACUUCAGCUGCCACCAGGACGCCGUAGCCGCCAUGUCCAGAGACAGAGAGUUUAUAGGAGACAGGUACAUUGAGUUAUUCCUGAACACUGGACCAGAAUAGAAGGUAGAAGAAAGUCUCCUCUCUGGAAUUUAACUUGACAUCAUGAGUGAUGAACUGGCGAAUGCUUUAAGGAAAGCCUGCUGUGUCAUGGUUUCACUUGGUCAAGUGUGAGAGUUUCUAAAAUGAAUGAAGUUGAAGAAUGAACACGUCAAAGGUAGCUGUGAGUGAAAAUGACAACAGAAUUUAUAUAAUUUAUAAUUAAAUAUAUGCAGAAUUGUGGAUUUCCAGAUGGAAAACCAAAUCCUGAUAUUGGUGCCAUACAGUAUCACUUUCAAAACUAGCCUACUGGCUUCAGCUCAUUGUUGGAUUUGAGAAAAACAUCUGAAUGUCAACCUUAUGUCACCAAAAUAAAUGGUGCUUUCAGAGUUAAGUCUCAUAUUAAAAAGACCAUUUAUAGAAUGAGUUACUGAUCUUGGCAGCUGAAUCAGUACAUCAGGAUCAUGCUGGUUUGUAAACCUUUGAGAUAACAUCCAAAUAUAUUCAUGACAGUUGUUAAAAGUGGAGCUUUGUCAGCCAAUCAAAUAUCUAAAAAAAGCUUUUCUUGAAUAAUCUUUAUUACUCUGAAUUACUCAUUACUUGAGCUCUUACAAAACAUUUAUCUACGUUUACUAGCAUCGGUCGCUUUGAAUGGUAAAACUAAUUGCAGGAGGAUACAUUUUGUUGUGUGGAUAAACCAAAAAGCAAAUUUGAAGCAACAAAUACACUGAAAU